AUGGAGAAGAUUCCUCUUCUGGGCCUGGGCACCUGGAAGGCGGCGCCCGGGGAAGUGACAGAGGCGGUGAAGGUGGCAAUCGAUGUGGGAUAUCGGCACUUUGACUGCGCCUACCUGUACCACAAUGAGAGUGAGGUCGGAGCUGGGAUCAAGAGCAAGAUUGAGGAGGGCGUGGUUCGGCGGGAGGACCUGUUCAUCGUCAGUAAGCUCUGGUGUACCAGCCACAAGAAGUCCUUGGUGAGACCAGCCUGCUCCAACACUCUGAAGGCCUUGAAGUUGGAGUACUUGGACCUCUACCUCAUCCACUGGCCCAUGGGUUUCAAGCCCGGAGGGAAAGAGCUGCCUCUGGACCGCAAUGGCAUGGCAAUUCCCAGUGACACUGAUUACCUGGACACCUGGGAGGCCAUGGAGGACCUGGUGGUUGCAGGGCUGGUGAAAGCCAUUGGGGUGUCCAACUUCAACCACGAGCAGCUGGAGAGGCUUCUGAAUAAGCCCAACUUGAGGUUCAAGCCAUUGACUAACCAGGUUGAGUGCCACCCAUAUCUUGCUCAGAAGAAACUGAUCAGCUUCUGCCAGUCCAGAGAUGUGUCCGUGACUGCCUACCAGCCCCUCGGGGGUUCCAGUGGAGGUGUGGACCUGAUGGACAACCCCGUAAUCCAGUCCAUUGCCCAGAAGCACCAGAAGACCGCAGCUCAGAUUUUGAUCCGGUUUCAGAUCCAGAGGAAUGUGAUCGCCAUCCCCAAAUCCGUCAACCCGAAGCGGAUUCUUGAGAAUAUCCAGGGAGGUGUGUUUGAUUUUGAGUUACCAGAAGAGGAUAUGGAUGCCCUUUUGAGCCUGGACAAGAACCUCCGACUGACCAAAUUCUCCACAGCUGUAAGCCACAAGGACUACCCUUUCCACAUAGAGUACUGA